AUGGCAGCCAUAACAUCAGCGCGCCUCUUGAUAUCGCCAGCACCAGCCGCGAUAGCGUCUUCUCGCCUCAUCCCCACAACGAGCGUAAAGCUGACUCCUUUCCUCGUGUCCCCAGCCACUCAGCGGCUCCUCCGCUCCGCCGCGCAGCACCUCUCCACCAGGCACGGCGAGAAACGCGGUGGUGCGCUCACCGCGCGAUGCGAUCUCACCGGCGGCGCCGGCCUGGGCCCCGAAGAGCUCGAAGCGUUUGUAACCGCCGUCAAGUCCGUGAGCGACGCGGCCCCACACGACGUCAACUCGUUAAUGACCCUCGCUGUGGGACUCGGGUUACCAUGUAACGUCAUGGAAUGCGGGGACGCGAUUUACCUCUCGAGUCUCGCGCACGAGCACCACUUGACGGCGGCCGGCGCGGCGCUUCUGCUUCAAGUCGGCGCGUAUCUCUGGGCCACGCCGGGAGUCGCAGCGGGUUACUGGGACAUGUUCGUUCUCGCUAAGAUCGACCGUUUCUUUCGCAAAACGUACAAGCAAUCCGAUCUCGUGCUCGGAAAGAAGAUUGGCGAGGGUGGGUUCGGAUCGGUGUACGUCGGUACGCUCGCGAACGAUCCGGAGUACAAGGUCAUCGUGAAGCGCGCCACGGAGUUUGGUGACGUGGAGCUCUGGAUGAACGAGCGCGUGCGCCGCGCGUGCCCGGACGUGUGCGCGGAGUUUCUGGGCGGAUUCAUGGUGAAGGGGAGCAAGGGGAAGACGGGCGCGGGGAAAUUCUUGGCUGCCGCGGCUUCCAGCACGUCUGAUGAGGUGUGGCUGGUGUGGCGGUACGAAGGCGACUCGACGUUCGCUGAUGUUCUAACGGACCGCGACUUCCCGUAUAACAUCGAGAAGACGCUCUUCGGCAAGCAGGCGCCGCCGGCGGACGAGCCACGCGGCCCGGAGAGGGAGCUCCACGUGGCGCGCGAGAUCAUGCGCCGCCUUCUAACUUCUCUUGAGAAGCUGCACAGCCAGGGCAUCGUGCAUCGCGACGUGAAGCCCGAGAACAUGAUUUACUGCAAGGAGAAGGGCGUGCUUAAGAUUAUUGAUCUCGGCGCCGCGGCGGAUCUGCGCGUGGGGAUUAACUACGACCCCGACCAGUACCUGCUGGACCCGCGCUACGCGGCACCGGAGGAGUACAUUAUGAGCACGCAGACACCAAGCGCGCCGCCAGCCCCGGUUGCUGCUGCCCUUGCACCCGUCCUCUGGCAGAUGAACCAUCCUGACCGCUUUGACAUGUACAGCGCUGGGCUCGUCUUCCUUCAAAUGCUCUUCCCCACACUCCGCUCAAUACCCCCUCCCCAUCCCUUGUGUCCCUCCUUCUCCUUCCCCUUCACCCUUCAGAUGAACCACCCUGAUCGCUUUGACAUGUACAGUGCGGGCCUUGUCUUCCUCCAGAUGCUCUUCCCCUCCCUCCGCUCCGAUACUGACCGCUUUGACAUGUACAGCGCUGGCCUCGUCUUCCUCCAAAUGCUCUUCCCCUCCCUCCGCUCCGACACUGGUCUUGCCGCCUUCACGCGGCAGUUCAAAAAGCUCGACUACAACCUCUCCGCGUGGCGCGAAAAGCUUGAACUUCGGGCCACAGCGGACGAUAUGCGGCGACUUGAGCUUCUAGAUGAAAAUGGCGGCCAUGGCUGGGGGUUGCUUGCGUCGAUGUUGCGGAAAGAAGGGGGUAAGAGGAUUAAUGCCAAGGCUGCGCUUGCGCACCCGUUUUUCCACACGCGAGAGGCGAGGUUGAUCAAGGAGAUUCGGAACGGGUUGUUUGUGCCCAAGCCUGCGCAUUUCGAGGGGGAUGAGCCGCAGGUCUGGGUGACGGACCUGAUGGCUAGGUCCGGCACGCAGGAGGCUGGUGGGUUCACGGAAGUUUCGCUCCAGAUGUUCAAGAGGAAUGAGCGGCGGCAGCAGAGGAAGCACAGGAAGCGCACAGACCCGUCCCCGGCAUUGGCAACCACAGAGGGUUCUGCCAGCACAGGGCAGCGCGACAACUCGUGGUGGAACGUGCUUGAAUCGCCCAGGUGA